AAUGCGGUGCGGUGCGGUGCGCGAAAAUAAACAUAAUUGAACAGAAAUUGAAAAUAGUUUUGGUUACAAAAAAUACAAAGUGUAAUUUGUUUUCAAUUUUUUACUUAACGUAAUUGUAAUUUGUGAAUUUUGUUAAUUGAACAUUUUCAGUGUCAUUUGUAAUAAUAAACACUACACAGGCCGGGUCGCCGAUAUGCUGGAAGUGGUGGGCGAACGUGUGGGAGGGUGGUGCGGUCGAGACUCGGGCUCACUGCGGCAGACGGUGCGCGCUCGACGACGUCACCAUAACGACGUCUACUCAAAGCUGGACAGUGAGAUUGCUGUGAGUGACAUUUUUUAUACAAUUAAGUUUGAUAAACUAGCAUAUGGUCCACGUGAUGGCUACUGGAUUCCUCGGCCCGGAGACACCUACAUGCUAGAUCCCAUUUGCUAAUUACAGUUAAGAUUGCUCAAAAAUAUUGUUCCGACAAAAUAAAAUACAAAUUUAAACAGAACUCAUGAUCUUUUCUAUCAUUGUUCUAUUAUGUCUUCGUUCAUCAAGUUAAGUUUGCACUACUAAACGAAAUGUAUUUUAACGAACGUAUAAAAAAAAAGCAAACCAAUAUUAUAAAACUGCAGUGCACUACACACAGCUAUAUAUACUCGCUGCAGCACGAAUGGGUAGGACCACGCUCUCACAGAACGGCAGAAUAAUGCUCCUGUGUUUCGCAUGGUGAGGGUAGAGAACCGGAGACCCUACUGGUAACAAGGUAUUCUAUUUUAGUUGACAAGGGUGAAAACACAUCUGCGUUUUGAUGGAUUUUGAUGUUUAUGAGUCGAGACAUGUACAUCUAUCUUUGAUUACGAGUCAAAAUGCAGAUAAAUUGUCACCCACGAGGACUAAAAUUGAAUGCCUCGUUUCCAGUACAAAGGAUCUACGGUUCUCUACACUCACUAUAGGAAACACAGAUGCGUUAAGCUGCUAUUUUAAGCCCUAAGAUAAUAAAGAACUCAUACAGCACAGCACCAAUUAUCUAAAUUCAUAAAUAAACUUUUUACCUGCUGGUUUAAAAGACUACAAAAAUAAGUAUUAAGUAAACGCUUAAAAAAAAUCCAAAUUAUAAAAUCGUAAAACCUCCAAGUAUGUGGAGCAAAGAAUGAUAAGAUGGAUGAAGUAUGCGAAAUGAUGAAUGAUAGAGGAAUAGAUGUGUUAUGUGUAAACGAGACGAAACGAAAGGGAAGAGAUGUCACUGCACAUGGCAUGUAUACCGCUUACUGGUCUGGAGUAGACGAGACCGAGCGGGCAUGCCAAGGAGUCGGUGUCAUCCUUUCAGAAAGAAUGGGUCAAUGUGUGAAAGAGUAUGAAUGUGUUAGCCCGAGGCUGCUGUGGAUGCGAAUGAAAGUGGGCUUAAAGAAGUUGUUUGUGCUAGGGGUGUACGCCCCAGAUAUGUCUAAGCCCACUUAUAUCCGAGAGCAGUUUUGGGACAUGGUAAGGCUGGUGUUGAUGAAAUGUAAGGAAAAUGAAAAUAUUAUUAUGUUAGGAGAUUUUAAUGUAAGGGUUGGGGCGAAGAGGUCUGGUUAUGAAAGGAUAUUAGGAACGUUUGGCGAUGAAAGAAUAAAUGAGAAUGGUGAAGACCUCCUCACCGUAUGUGUGAAAAAGAAUCUUUUUGUGGCGAACACUUUCUUUCGCCAUAAGAGGAUUCACAUGUAUACAUGGGAAAGAGGGGAUGAUAGAAGCAUGAUAGAUUUUAUAAUUGUGGAUGAAAGAAUGAGGAGCGCAGUGGUAGAUACAAGGGUUUACCGGGGGUCCAACGUAGGGACGGAUCAUUACUUGGUCUUAUGCCGAAUUAAUGGUCUAUUCAGACGUUGGCGGCAUCGGACAUCGGUGUCUACCACUGCGUUACAGCGUAUAAGAAUAGAGAGGUUACAAGAUGAAGGUGUGAAAGAGAAGUAUAAAUGCAGAUUGAGGGAAAAUAUAAGUGGGUUGAAUGAAUUAUGUAUGAAUGAUUUAGAAUUGAAGAAUGUAUGGAAUAAUAUUAAGAAAGUUUUGGUGGAUGCAGCCACCGAAGUAUGCGGUGUAAGUAAGAGAACGAAUGAAAGGAAAAGUAAUACGUUGUGGUGGGAUGAUGAGGUAAGGAUGGAAGUUGAAGCAAAGAAGAGAGCAUGGCUAGAUUUACUAGCAACUAAAGCUGGUAAUUCUGGCGGUAUGAAUGAUGAGAUUGAAAGAAAAAAGGCAGACUUUAGACGUAUAAAUAAGAGAGUAAAAGAAGUUGUUGAAAGGAAAAAGCAAGAAAGGAUAGAUAAGAAUGAUAGAAGGAUAUCUGAUAACUUCCAGGCAAAUAUUAAAAUGUUCUGGAAGCUCGUAAGAACUGCCAGGGGAAUUUCAAAACAGCCUAGAAUAAAUGCUAUACGAGACGAGAAUGGCUGCAUGCUGAAUGAUGAAGUUUCGAAUUUAAAGAGAUGGAAGGAAUACUUUGAAAGCGUGUUUAAGAGUGAAGAGUCGUCUGGAAUAAGUGAAAUAAAAAUUCCGGAAGAAGUGGAGAGAGGUAGGGAGAUAAGUGUAGAUGAAAUAAUGAAAGCAAUGAAAAGCAUGAAAGCAGGUAAGGCAGCCGGAUAUGAUAGAGUAUCACUCGAAAUGCUGAGGGCUGGUGAGGGUGUGGUUACAGGCCUGCUGCACACCUUGUUUAAUUUAUAUUGGGAACUGAAACGGGUACCGGAAGACUGGUGCAAAGCCGUUAUAGUCUCAAUAUAUAAGGGAAAGGGGUCGCAGCAGGACUGUAAAAACUACCGUGGUAUCAGCUUGCUUAGCAUUGUGGGUAAACUGUAUGCUAAGGUGUUAAUUGAAAGAGUUAUGGAAGAAACUGAUGGAAAAAUUUGGGAUGUGCAAGCUGGAUUUAGAAAGGGGAUGGGGUGUACGGAUCAAGUCUUUUCCAUGCGCAUGAUAGCGGAGAAGUUUUUGGCUAAAAACCAGAAAGUUUUUUGUGCGUUCAUGGACUUGGAAAAGGCUUAUGACAGAGUGGACAGGAAUGUGUUAUGGCAAACACUGAACUCAUUUGGGUUGAGCGCUGGCUUGAUACAGGCAUUAAGAUCUCUUUAUAGGGACUCUAGUGCUUGUGUCAGGAUCAACGGGGUCUACUCGGACUGGUUUGGCAUUCAUAAAGGUGUCAGACAGGGAUGUGUGGCUUCCCCGUGGCUGUUUAACUUAUUUAUGGACAGUUGUUUGCAAACUUUGAAAGUUGAAGAAUGUGGGUUGAGAAUGGGUGAGUCAACCGUCAAAUGCCUUUUGUACGCCGAUGAUCAAGUCAUAUUUGCAUCGUCGGCGGCCGAGUUGCAAAUGAUGGUUACUUUAAUGAAUUGGUCAUUGAAAGAAAGGGGUAUGAAAGUGAACGCAAGUAAGACGAAAGUGAUGGUUUUUG